AUGUACGAAGGGAUUGACAACCUGAAGUCCCAAUAUGACCGUGCCGGGAAGACUUUCUUCGGCGGUCCUUCUGCGGCACUGAAUUUGCCGCGUCGUACUACUCGACCAGACCCAGUACGUCGACCAUCAGUGAGGAGAGGGGCUCCCAAGUAUCCCAGGACGGCGGAUAACCGCGCGACCGGACGAGGUAACCCGUCCGACGUUCGUUCACAUCGCGGUGGUUCAACAGCUGCUCAACCAAAUAGCGCUGGCCACCGCGAGAGUCCUCCAAUGGAGGUGGAGGAGGAGGGAAAACGCUCUCCAAAUUAUCGUGGGGAAGCGUGUAUCCCCGAGAGCCUCUUUGAUCGCGUAACGCAAGCGUUACGCGGCGAUAUCGAACAUGAGCGGGACAGGCGUCUCCAACUGGCGGACGCUGUCUCGAAGCAUCGAGAUAAGUUUGCCUUUGCUCAGCUUGAGAACGAGAGAGCUCUGACAUCUCUGCGUGACGAGCUAAGGGUAGCUCGUGGGAUUGUUGAUCGGUCUCGGGCUGAGAUAACUGAUCUUCAGACCCUUGUCGAUGCCCACCAUCGGGAGCACAAGUCCCUCUGUGAGAUGCUUAAACGCAAGUGCUUCUUCAUCGGAAGAAACAGCGUACUGAUGGUACGGCUUAAGCCGACCAGCGUAAAACGUGGGAUGCGUUCGCAUCUUGCGUGGCAGUUCGAUCGUGUAUGCGUUGCCUAG